AUUUUCACAACCCGACAACGGAGAACAAGAGUUGCAUCUGCGCAGCCGCAGUAAGGGUUGUUAUGAAGUAGCGGGAAAUGUUACCCACUCGCAGAUCAAGAAAUACCUUCCAGCUAACGACGAUGCCGUCCAAACGGGAAAAUCAGGGCAAGUCGCAGGUCAUCUCUCCAGUUCUUUUCAUGACUGUGGAUGGUGAACCCAUGCGUUUCUUCCUGUGCCCGGGACCAGCCAAGGUGGAGCUCUUGCCCAGCAUCAAGGCAGGGGGAGGAAUGGUGUGCAAAGCUCAGGAGCCGGGGGCUGUCCUGCUUGUGGACCCCAAUGAGAUGGGGUCUCUCACGCGGAGCACAGCUCACUGGUACGUGUCUGCUCAAUACAUCCGGGACUGCAUAGAGAAGAAUGAGCAGCUCGAGCUGGAAGACUACAGGAUGAAGCCCGAUGCCGCAGACGUACAAUCUACCAAGAAGAGGGCAGCCAGGACCAGCACUUCCUUAGGUAGAAUACCUUACACUUCUGAAGAGGACGCCGCCAUCAUCGGCUAUGUCGCCACGCUCAAGGAUAAGCUCAAAGGCAACUUGCUGUGGAAGCAAAUGGCAGAAAUUCACUUGACCCAACACAGCUGGCAGUCCAUGAAGUACCAUUACAUCUACAAACUGAUGGACAGACCAACAGAGGCCAAGGAGCAAGGCAGACGAAAUGGAGUCUCCAUGGUGGCCGCAAAGCAGAAGACUGGCAUGAGAGGUUCACCGCCGGAAAAACUGAUGUCUUCCUAUUCAAAUGACUUGUUCUCUUCAGACCCUGCGCUGGCAGACGACAAACGAUCCGAUGUCCAACCGACAGCUGACCCCCCUUCUGACCCGGAUGUGACUCUCGCGGAGGAGGAGGUGGAGGAGGAGGAGAAGGAGGUGGAGGAGGAGGUGAAGGAGGCAGAAAAGGAGGAGGAGGAGGAGGAGGAGGAGGUGGGGGAGGAGGCAGAGGAGGAGGAGGAGAACGAGGUGGAGGUGGCUCUUCCAGCAGGGCUGCCUGUAUCCCCGCAGCACAACCCGUCUCCCGACACUCCACAGCAGAGCUCCUUCCAUCUCCUGAUGCUGCCCGACAUGCCGCCGUUGGAGCCGCCGUCCAGAAAGAAAGCCAGAACGUCGUCGCCUCGUGGCUCGCCAAAGGCAUCAACAUCAGCAGGAACGCCAUCGUCAAGACCUCCCCCACCCCCACGCCCAUCCCCACCACCACGUCAGCCCAUCGAGGGUGACCUCUCAGCAGACGGGGCUUCUAAUCCAGUGAUCCAGAAUGAGGCGGAGAAAACCGGAAAGAGUGGAGAAAAAAGGAAGUUGGGGAUCCUGGAGAUUGCUUCUGAAGAGUUUGAAGAUGACAGUGAGUCUGAUUAUGAGGAGGCCCAUGAUGUGCCUGAGCCCAUGAGAACCCAGCAACCCAGGGCAACGACCUCAAAGCACCCUAUGGGAACGCCCGAUAUGCCCAUGGAAACCAGAACUGUGGUAGAAACCGGACCUACUCCCAAGCCACACCUCUUCAUAUUUGACAGAGAAUCGCAGGAGGAAGGCUCCCAGCCAAUGGAAUGUGAGGGUGCAGCAGUCCCUGCUGGCCCUCAGCCAAUAAGCAAAGAGGCAGAAGUGGAGUCAAUGACCCAGGUGCAGUUGAAAGAGGACAUGCAGCGAAUAAGAGCGCUGAUGAAGCAGACUAACCAGAACCUUGUGAGCGUGACCAAGGUUCUGCUGAAGACAAGCGGGGACUUCAGCGCUGCCCUGGCUCUCCUGCUGAGGCCCGACUCGGCCCGGGGCCCCUUCUGGAGCCAAAGCGACGACCGGCUGCUGAUGACCUCUGACACCGAGGCUCGCCAGCAACUCCAGAAGAGGUACGGUGAGCAGGGCGUGGCCAAGAGGUUGGUAUUCCUGGAGGGGGCGAAUGAUGCGGACGAUCCGCCAGAACUCAAUGUGCAUAAUGUAUGAACAGGUCUCCAUGUGUGCGCUCGUAAUGAGUUGAAACAACUGACGUUUCAUUAUGUGAUCGUGCACAUUUUUAAAAUUCUGUAAAUACCAUUUUUAUCAUUCUGUAUUCUUGCGUAGAAUAGGUUAUUUUCGAGUUUCGAAAAGACCAUCAAAGGGCCAUAGUUUAACCGACAGGUGUCCAUCCUGGAUAUUCUCAACCAGUCUUGAAUAGCAAAUUACUAUAUUGUAUUUUCUCCAAACAAAAUGUAUUUGUCUAUUUUAAAUGUUGGCUUAUAUUUUACUUUACCUGUAGCAGCCUUGUAAUGUAUCCAUAUCCGGUUUAACUUUAUUCGAUUUGAAGUGUUAAUUAAAUUGUAAAGCACCUUGUCUUUCAACAACAGGCCUAUCGUUGUGUAUCAUUAAGGUCAUUUUAGCAGUGUUCAUACAUUUUGCUAAUAGCUGUGUGAUGCAAACUAAAGAGAAACGAUUCAAAUCUUUUGCUACUGUUUUUUUUUCCCUUUUAAGAUUAUGAGUCUGAGGAAGGAUAAUAUUAAGAUGUAUAAAAUGUAAUAAAAUUGAAUUUAAAUUGACAGU